CGAUUGCGUUAAUUUGAAUAUAUAAGUUUCAAUUUGAGAGUAAAUUUUUUUCUGUGUAUCUUUUUGUCCGUUGGAAGCGAAAAUGGCAAUUGCCUCAGUAUAUUUAUUAGUCCGCGUGAGGUAUGAAAAAUUAAUUAGCGUUGUAUGUGAAAUACGUGAGAUUUCAGUAUCGUGAAAUGCGUCGCGUUCGGCACGACGCUACGUUCAGUUGGCAGCGGUCGUUGCUUGUGUGUGAAGGUGGCUCCGCGUUCUUCGCCUCUCCGCUCUCGUUCGACAUAAAUUAAUAGAGAUCUCAGAAACGGUGCUCGAAUCUAGCUUGUUUUAUCUCGUGACUAGUUUUUUUCUUCUCGAAAGGUGUACGCGGCACCGAGGUGGGCUCCCCUGUCCCCUCGCGAGUCGGUUUCUCUUUCUCGUUCUUUUCGAAUUUUCAGCAAGUACCUCCGAGAUCCGUCGGGAGAUACGUACGGGAGUACGCGCGAUCGGAAUUGCGCGAUUUCGCAUCUUUUUAUCCUUUAUUUUUCGUUUUCAUGUGGAUGCCGCGUGCGAACGAGUGAAUCGAAUCGAGCAAAUCGCUCCGCAUGUUUAUUCGUCCGCGCGAUCGUCUUGUGAAAUUCACAAAUGGCAUUGCGAUAACCUAACUUAACCUAACAUAACCUAGUCUGAUCGCGCGGUCGUUUGCAUAUGGUAACGUGUGUUGCGCGAGUGUCGAUGAUAGCGCGGGACAAGGACUCAUGCUACAGCAGAAGGAAAGGAAAGUGACACCCGGAAGCAGAGAGGAUCAGAUGACGGCUGGUCGAGGGCAUCGUUAUUAGUUUGGUGGCCGGGAAAGGGGGGGGGAGGGGAGGAGAGGAAGUCAUUAAUAGACUCGUCGCAUCGCCGUGAAGUUGGCGCGUGUCACUCGCGAAUCGUUCGUCGCCAUCGUGAACGUGAUGUCGUGUGUCGUGGGCAUGAGACGCGUCUUCUCGUCGUGACGCGUUUUUAAUCGGUAAGUGCAAUCGUUGUGAGCCAUGUAUAUUCGAUCGCGUCUCUGUGCUCGACAAUCGCGUGACGCAAAUUCGACGCUUGCACGUUCAGUGAACGAGGAGUUCGUGAAUCGCGAAUAGCAUUCGACCGCGGUCGCCUGUCCUUUCGGGAGUUGCACGCCGCUUGACUUUAAUUUCGACGCGUACGUCUACCCCGUCCGUGUCGUAAGUCGUAAUCGUAUCCGCGAUGCUAAUCGUCGUGAGACGGCGAGCGCGCGCGCUAUUUGCUCCAACUUCGCCAAGUGAGAAAAGUGCACGAAAGUGCGAGCAACAGGUGUAGCAUCGUGUCGCGGCGGCGGUGGCGGCAGUUGACCGCACGCAAUUGUGCGAGUCUUCACGCGAUUAUAUCCGUCGCGGGUGCGAAUUUAACUGCUAGUGCUCCCGCGAGAUUGCACGCGCCUUUUUACCCGCGUUCCGUCCGCAACUUAAUAAAGUUCGCGUCGUGCGUGAUUGACGCCGGGAGUGCCGCAUAAAGUAUCGCGCGAGCCGUAAUUAACAGUGUUCUCGCGCGCGUCGUCGGAUCGGCGCCAUGAAGGAGUCGCAGCGACGGCGGCGGCGGGACGAGGGAGGAAAGGAUUGCUCGGGGAGGCGUCAGCCGACGUCGGAGCGACCGUGGGAUCAACAUUGCAUGCAGCUCUAUCAUUGCGCAUCAUUCCGGGGUGGACAAGGCGUACGAUGCUUAGGGAUGCUUGGACGAACGACGGUGGGAAAGGCUGGUGGCGAUGGUGGUCCAGGUUGGGCGGAUUGCUGGCGAUGGCGGCAGCCAUAUCCUGUCUCGUUGCCCCGUUUCCGGGCGCCUCGGCCAAUCCGGAAGCGAAGCGUCUGUACGAUGACCUGCUGUCGAACUACAACCGCCUCAUUCGCCCUGUUGGCAACAACAGCGAUCGCCUGACUGUCAAAAUGGGACUACGCCUCUCCCAGCUUAUCGAAGUUAACCUGAAGAACCAGAUCAUGACGACAAACGUUUGGGUGGAACAAGAGUGGAACGAUUACAAGUUGAAGUGGAAUCCGGACGAAUAUGGCGGUGUUGAAACCCUUCACGUACCAUCGGAACACAUAUGGCUACCCGACAUUGUUCUUUACAACAAUGCCGAUGGUAAUUACGAGGUGACCAUUAUGACUAAAGCAAUUUUGAACCAUACCGGGAAGGUCACGUGGAAGCCACCGGCAAUCUAUAAAUCAUUUUGCGAAAUCGACGUGGAAUACUUCCCCUUCGACGAGCAGACUUGUUUUAUGAAAUUUGGUUCGUGGACUUACGACGGUUACACGGUCGACCUGCAGCAUCUUCUGCAGACCGAGGAAUCGAAUCAAAUCGAAGUCGGGAUUGACCUGACCGAUUAUUACAUUUCUGUCGAGUGGGACAUCCUAAAAGUGCCUGCCGUGAGGAACGAGGCGUUUUACAUAUGCUGCGAGGAGCCCUAUCCCGACAUCGUGUUCAACAUCACCCUGCGCCGCAAGACCCUCUUCUACACGGUGAAUUUGAUAAUACCGUGCGUGGGCAUAUCCUUCCUGUCGGUGCUGGUAUUCUACCUGCCGAGCGACAGCGGCGAGAAGGUCUCCCUGUCGAUCUCGAUUCUUCUCUCGUUGACGGUGUUCUUCCUGCUGCUGGUCGAGAUAAUACCGCCCACGUCGCUAACGGUGCCGCUCCUGGGCAAGUACCUGCUGUUCACGAUGGUGAUGGUGACCGCGUCGGUGGUCGUCACGAUAGCUGUGCUGAACGUGAAUUUCCGCUCACCUGUCACUCACCGUAUGGCCAAAUGGGUGCGGGUAGUGUUCAUCCAGGUGCUGCCACGUUUCCUCCUGAUCAAACGGCCGAAGAAGGACGAUUACGACGAUGAGGAUCAGGGCAGGGGCGGCGGCGGAAUCGGCACGGAUGACAUAGACAACGAUGACGUCGACGACGACGAGGACGACGACGAGGACGAUGUCGAGGCGGCGAAGGGCAAAUCGCCUGAAGGCAUCCUCACCGAUGUGUUCCAUGUUCCAGAGACUGAUAAGUACGAUACGUACUACGGCAAGAGGUUCAGCGGAGAGUACGAGGUACCACCACACGGUCCUCCACCGCCAGCGACGAGGUACGAUCUCGGCGCUGUCGGUACCGUCGCACCCCGCUUUGAGGAGCCUUUACCCUCGCUGCCACUGCCGGGGGCGGAUGACGACCUCUUUGGGCCAGCUAGCCCGGGAUUUGCUCACGAGGACGCCAGCCCCACUUUUGAGAAGCCGUUGGUACGCGAGAUCGAGAAGACCAUCGACGACGCCCGCUUCAUCGCCCAACACGCCAAGAACAAGGACAAGUUCGAGAGCAUUCUGUCGAUCAGUUCUAUAGAUCAUUCCCUGGGAAGCAUCGCAAUAUUCAGUAACAUUAUAUACUCGAAUAUCGUAUCAAGCACAGUAACAACGAGGGUAUUCGCGAUAUAUAACGUAUACCGCAUUUUAUCAAAGAGGCAUUUUGCGCAAGACGAUAUUACUACAGGAAGCAAUACUCUGAGGAGAAAGAGCUUCGCCUUUCUCGUCUCCUCCGCUCGUCUCCUCGUCAUGAAUCACAAUCAAACCUCGACAUAAUUUCCUUCGCGAGUUUGCACGUGCGGUGACCCGAACGCGCCCAAUUCGCUUACCCCUUUAGCCGCCGGCGUUUUAAAAGGCAAACAUUCAAAUAUUUACAAUUGCCGCGCUGCUUCUUGGAUUAAAGGGUUUUCUUGACUUUCCCAGCGAACAAUUGACUAUCUUGGCGUUAUAACGCGAAUGAUCGAGACGAUUUGUACGUACGCCAGCACGUCUAUUUCGAUGUGUCCUUUCACGCGUAUCAAUCGCAUCGAAUUUAUCCCUCGUGUGCUUGCAUUUUAUGAAAUUUUUUGUUUCCCGUUUUCACAAUGUGAUAUAAAAAAGGCGCAACGAUCAAUUCAAACUGUCAGAUUCUUUUUUGGGAUAUGUUGCAUUUUAUUUUCAGUAUUAUUUCUAUGAUAUUCUUCGAAGAAAUAAUAUAAUUUUGCCAAUUUAUGAUAACUUAAUUUUCAAUAACGUUUUUACUGAUAUAAAAUUGUAUCAAGACACAUACAAUGUUUUCAAAUAAAUAUCGUAAUUGCGAUUACGAAAAUCAUAUAUAUUUGUAAGUUUACCAAAUUUAUAAGUAUUACAAUUUAUAGAUACAUAAUUCAUCUAGAGAGAUUUUCAGAUAAUAAUCGUCAACAUCUAUUAUCUAAUCGCAUAGUAAAGCUUGAAUCGGGAAACCGAAGGAAGAACUAAUAUUCUCUCAUUCCUGAUUACUUCUCUAGACAACUUGAAAUCGCUUAUUUACACACGCCGAUCAGAUACUCUAUUAAGUUUUCGUUUAAUUUCCUGUAAGUUUUCUUUCUUUGAGAGAAAGAGAGAGAGAGAGAGAGAGAGAGAGAGAGAGAGAGAGAGAGAGGUAGUUCUAAUAACUAAGAAUAUCUCGUAGAGAUACUGCGAAAACGAAGACAAACAACCCAUCACGACAUCGAAUCGUUUCAUCCAAUUGCGAAAACUGCACAGCAGGAAUUUACCGAUUUAAUUAGAGGAUUUAAGAGCGGACCGCAGAUAAAACUGCAGUUAAUUAUCAAUUGCGUCCCGUGGCGAACGUCCCCGACGUUCUCACCAUUUAAAUUUGUUCUUCUGCUUUUUGUACUGUUAAAAGCAACUAAUAGCACUGUUAUCGAUAGCGUUAAAAUGUAUUUGAAGAAAAUUUAAAAAUGUUUUUUAUUAUUUUGUCCUUGAAAUUAUUUUGAUUCCAUCGCGUUAAUUAAAAUAGAUUUAAAUUACUAGAAUAAAUUUGUAAAGAAAAUCAAUGCAAUAUAUAUAUAUGAUAGAAUUUUUAUUUAAUACAUUAAUAAGAAAGUUCGAAGAGGAAGAAUAAUUAUGGGGAAGAAUAAAUUAGUGUUAAAAUACAAUCUUAUCUGUUGCGCUUUUUCUUUUUCUUAAACUUUCAAUUAUUUUUUUAUUAUUUAUAAAGACUAAAACUAUAUAUAAAUAUAAAAUAUUUUAUAAUUAGAUAUCUCUAUGCAACAUUUUUUCUUGAUUUUACAAAUAACAAAUUACAAACUGCAAAUAUAAUUACAAACAUUUUAAUUAAAAUGUUAAUUAAGCAUUCGAAAUAUGACAUUAUAAGAAAUUACAUUUUUAUUUAAUAAAUAAUAUUAAAAUAACAAAAUAAUUCAUGUAAUUUCUAACUGCCCGUUGAAAGGUUUUCAAAAGUAUUGUUUUAAAAAAUGAUAACUUUAUUGUAGCACUAUCCAGAUUGCAGGAUAAUUAGAGAAAUCUAUCACGUCCAAGGAUAAAAGUGUUAUUGGCUCGUUGAAUGGAAGAUUUUUGCCUCGGAGUAGAAUCCGCGUCUCCGCGAAAAAAAAAACGCUAUUACUUCGCUCGGCGAAAUGUUACACCGUGAGAAUCGUAAUUAGUCAACGAGUCUUCUUGAAAGAAAUAUUCAGAUACAGAAAAUUUUCAAAUACGCCCGCAGCAAAAAGAAUUUCAAAAAUUAGUUCUCGAGCUAAUCAAGGAUCCUCGAGUCUCCAGGCGUAGAACUUCGCACGAUAAAAUUAGAACCAAUGAACGAUAUUAAUGAGGAAAAAUGAUACUUUCUAGAGAUAAGGAGUAAAAAUACCUUGAAUGUUCCUCCAUA